AUGCUCUCGACAAAGGAUAACAUUCGUCGGACCCUCGGUACGCUCAAGAAGGGCGACAUGAUUGCCAACCUAAUAAAAAUCGAUUCUUGGAAGUCUCGGAGUACCAAGCUCGCCACCCAGCCUUGCAAGGCAAGCAAGCAAGGGCUGGGCAGAUGUUGGCUCGAUACUGGACAAUACAACCAAGGUCUCUCCCUCACGGAAAUUAUACAGGCUGCUCAUGACUGUCUCGUCUACCUCAAAGAUGGCGAAUCAGGUACUCGCUAA